AAGAGAUUUGCUAAAUCCAUCGUUCAAAGGUUUACCUGUGGGCUUCCGCACGACAGAGAUGAAAGCCUCUGAAGAUCCUCCUUGCAUCAUUGCCACCCUCUGUGAGCUGCAUGAUGGGCUUUUAGUAGAAGCAAAAGGAAUAAAGGAACACUACUUUAAGCCAUACAUUUCAAAACUGUUUGAUAGGAAGGUACAUCUCACUAGUUUUAAGAAUGCACCAUAGUGCUCAGAUGAAUGAUCUCAAAACCGUUUAAAUCCUAUGGGUCCUGCAGGAAAAUGUCCUAAUAGGCAAAUGGACUCAGGCUGGGCUAGGUUUUCUUUGCAUGUAUUUUAGCAGAAGCAGAUUUUACUCUUAAUGAUGUGUGCCGUAAAGUUCCGUGGGUUUUGCCUUUUUCUGGCAGCAGAGAAUCUUUGAUUUCCUUUCUUGGCAGUGUGAAACUACACUGUCAAUAAUGAUUUGUUCAGGCAAAAAUGUAAUCUCCUUGUGAAAUGAUUUUAUGGAAUAACUGCCAUGAUACUCUGGGGUCCUACCGCUUGAGUUCAGCAACAUGCUGAGGUGGGAAGAGGUUGAGGUUGCAGGUUGUUCUCUCUGGUUUGGUCCUGGCAGUUUUUUCCAAGCUCUGUGGAAGUUUCAGUGUAGUCACUCAUCAGGUCAGUCCUGAACCUGCCAAUGGAGCAGCCGUUAAAAGCAGCACUGUUUCUGAAGAGUGAGUUUUUCAAGAGCUUGGUUAGAAUUGGGCUUUCUCCUCAUCUGUUUGUCUUGCUAAUGGCAUUGUAGUCCUUUGAUCUAGGGAAAAACUAGUCUCAUUAUGCUCCUAAGUAUUAUUUCCUUUUUGGCUGAAACCAUCGGUCCUCACACUGUGAGAGUUGGAACAGUUUUGAUUUCAUUAUGUAAAAUAUUUCUGCUUUGUAUUCUUAGAUUUUAAAAGGAGAAUGUCUGUUAGAUCUGUGCAAUUUCACAGAAAAUAGGUAAGUUACAGCUUAUGUUCUGAAUCUUGGGGUAGAUUUAGAUUAGAUAUUAGGAGGAUAUUCUUCGCUAUGAGCGUGCUGAGGCGCUGGCACAGGGUGCCCAGAGAAGCUGUGGCUGCCCCAUCCCUGGCAGUGUUCAAGGCCAGGUUGGACACAGGGGCUUGGAGCAACCUGCUCUAGUGGAAGGUGUCUCUGCCCGUGGCAGGGGGUUGGGACUGGAUGAGCUUUAAGGUCCCUUCCAACUCAAACCAGGCUGUGAUUUCUAUAAUACAGGUUUUCCUGUUCCUUUACCUUAGCAUAGCUAAUGGGUUUUAAUUAUUUGACAGCCAAAGCUGUUAUCUGGCUGAAAUUAUUUCAGGAUCUGAGAUGUGCCAAAUGUCAGCUGCAGAGUUUCUUCCUUAAUGUCAGGUUUUAUGGUGCUUGCCCUUAUUUUCUGGCAGGUGUAACCUUCGAGUAAUCUAAUGCAAAUCCAAACUUUGCCUCUGAAGUUCUGGAUGUGUUUCUGUACACACCUCAGAUAUUUUACCUGAGUAGGGAAGUCUUUAGAUUCCUGUAUCAGUCUCCAACUGAGUGUAUAAAUCUGUGAAUGUAACUAAAGUACUCAGAAGAAAAGGAAGCAACAAUUUGCAAAACCCACAAAAAAAGAGGUAGAGCAUUUCUGUGGGAGGUGACUGUAAUUCUUUCAGAAUCCUUUUAAAUUCACUUCUGAAAACUAAUUUAAAUGCAAAAUAUAAGCAGCAGCUGCUUUUUCUGUCUGUAUUCCUUAAAGGUGGUUUUUUUUUCCUCCUUUUCCAAAAAUACCCAAGAAGUUGGUUUUGCAGGCAAAGCACUGAAUAAAGAGUAUGAAGAGUAUGUUCUGACAGUGGGUGACUUCGACGAGAGAGUUUUCCUCGGUGCUGAUGCUGAAGAAGAAAUUGGCACGCCUCGAAAAUUCCCUAUUGAUGUGCCAGUAGGGAAAACAGCAGCACGAGCUCAUGUGGAGAGUCAUCUCCAGCAGCAUUUUGAAAAGAAAAGGUCAUUUGCACCUUCAACUCCCCUGACUGGGAGAAGAUACCUACGAGAAAAGGAAGCUGUCAUCACUCCCGUUGCUUCAGCAACACAAAGCGUGAGCCGGUUGCAGAGCAUUGUGGCUGGAUUGAAAAAUGCACCGAGUGAACAACUCAUAGCUAUUUUUGAGUCUUGUGCACGCAGCCCUAUGGAAAGCAUUAUGAGCAGGGUGAAAGAAAUAGGUGAGAAGUUCUGUUGCAGCUACACUCAGUCAACAGAUGAACAACCAGGAUCACAUAUAGAUUUUGCUGUAAACAGAUUAAUGCUGGCAGAGAUCUUGUACUAUAAAAUCUUGGAGACUAUAAUGGUGCAAGAAACACGAAGACUACAUGGGAAGGAUCUGACUGCUCUCUUGGAACAAGAUGUCUUUCAUCGCUCUCUCAUGGCAUGCUGCUUGGAGAUCGUGCUUUUCGCAUAUAGCUCACCUCGAACCUUCCCCUGGAUCAUUGAAGUUCUUGACCUCAGGCCAUUCUAUUUCUAUAAGGUAAUUGAAGUCCUGAUUCGAUCUGAGGAAGGACUUUCCAGAGACAUGGUGAAGCACCUCAACAGCAUUGAGGAACAAAUUCUUGAGAGCCUUGCCUGGACUCGGGACUCAGCACUCUGGAACGCUCUCCAGGCCUCGGAUAACAAGGUCCCAACCUGUGAAGAAGUAAUAUUUCCCAAUAACUUUGAAACAAGCAAUGGAGGAAGCGGGUUUGGGCAUUUGCCUAUGAUGCCAGUAUCUCCUAUCAUUCAUCCUCGAGUAAAAGAGGUUCGGACAGAUCUUGGUGGGAGUCUAAGACGGGACAUGCAGCCGUUGUCCCCAAUCUCUGUUCAUGAGCGCUACAGUUCUCCCAUGGCUGGAAGUGCAAAGAGAAGGCUCUUUGGAGAUGACACCCCCAAAGAAAUGCAGAUGGAAAAAGUUUUAACCGAAGGAACUAAGUUGACGAUUGCUCCAGCAUCAAGCAUUGCUGCUGAAAAUGUGUCAGCUCCUCCUGGCCAAACGGUGCUGACCAUGACCACAGCUACAGUCCCAGGAAAAACAGGACAGAAGGUCACCAUUCCACUGCAUGGUAUUGCAAAUGAAAUGGGUGGAAUCACAUUGAUACCCAUUUUGAUGAAUUUAGGUCAGCCAUGUAAGACAGAGGCACAAGCUCCCUGCCACCCUCAGGGGACCCAAGCACAUGAAGUGCAUCUGUCAUCAGGAAACAAACCAAAGAAGACAGGAUCCUUGGCACUGUUCUACAGAAAGGUUUAUCAUCUGGCAAGUGUGCGCUUGCGUGACCUGUGCUUAAAACUGGAUGUUUCCAAUGACCUGCGCAGGAAGAUAUGGACGUGCUUUGAAUUCACCUUGGUCCACUGUGCUGAUCUCAUGAAGGACAGACAUUUGGACCAGCUCCUCCUCUGUGCCUUUUAUAUCAUGGCAAAGGUAACCAAAGAGGAACGAACAUUUCAGGACAUCAUGAAAAGUUACAGAAAUCAGCCCCAAGCAAACAGCCAUGUUUAUAGGAGUGUCUUGUUGAGAAAUAUUUCUGCUGAUGGCCCGUUGGAGAAAAAUACAAACCAAGAUGUGGAGAUGACAGAAGACUUGUCUGUGAAAACUGGCAGUUCCUCGGGACGAUCCGCAGCAGAGAGCUCCAGUGAGUCGGGAACAGAGGAGAGAGGAGAUCUCAUUAAGUUUUACAAUGCGGUCUAUGUAGAAAGAGUAAAAUCAUUUGCACUGAAGUACGAUAUCACAAACCAGGACCAUGUAAUGGAAGCCCCUCCUUUGUCUCCAUUCCCCAACAUCAGGCAGCAGACAGUGUCUCCUCGCCGCAUCUCUCAGCAGCACGCAGUUUAUGUUUCACCCCACAAGAACGGCGCCUGCUUGACACCUCGAUCUGCACUCCUGUAUAAAUUUAGUGGGAGCCCUUCUAAGAGUUUGAAGGACAUCAACAAUAUGAUAAAACAAGGUGAACACAGGAGUAAGAAGCGAGCAAUAACGAUUGACAGUGACACUGAAUCUCCGACGAAGCGACUCUGCCAGGAGAAUGAUGACGUUCUACUCAAACGUCUCCAAGAUGUUGUCAGUGAAAGAGCAAAUCAUUAAACCUGGUUUUCUGCAGGAUCUAAAAGCUAUGGAGUCAGAUACAGCUGUCACGCUAUUUAGUUCUUGCUUUUUUAUACAGACAACUGCCAAGUUUCUCUAACUUUGAACUUGUACCAGACUUCCGUAGGAUGCAAAAAGCAAGGGUUAAGUAGUGAAUGCCAGAGAAUGACAGGUGGUGGUGAUCUUCAUUCCCAAAGGCCAGCUGUGCUCCAGGUUACUCUGUUUGAGCUGUUUUAGCAGAAGAGUGAGGUGUAGAAAGCCAUAUUGGAUGUUCUCCAGCCUAAUUUUGGAGCUUCGUGAGUUCUGAGUGUAACUCAGCUUCUAGGAAUACCUGUUUUCUUUUUGGAAUAAGAAUGAUAAGGAAGCGAGUGAAGUCAGUUAAGUUUCCUCAAGCUUUUGGUAUUUGGGGAAUAAAUCUUAAAAAGUGCCUUAUUUUUACGUAAUGUGGAAUUUUAUGCAUUAUUUUACUCUGGAGUAACUGGAGUGGAGGACAAAUUGGUCAUUUAGCCUCAGGAAGAGCCGAGCAGUUUUCAACUGUGUGAUUUGUGCUGUGCUCCAUCUCCUGCCACAACUUCAGCAGAAGUGUACGUUGUGACACGGAUGGGACAGCUUCUGCAGUAACAAAGGCAGGAAUCAGAAAGUACAAAUAGCAGUGACUUAGACUGGACACUGACAUCUGGUAAAGCACUGUGAUACGGUUCAGUGAGCUGGAAUUGCCUUUCUCUGGAGCCAGGGAAUGCUGCCAUGGAGCUGCUCUUUUCCUGUUGGAAGCCUGGUAGCAGCCCUGUCGUAGAAGCUGUUCACGUGCAUUGCAGCUGCCUGUGAAGCUGUCCAAAUGCACAAAUUCAUCUAACAAGUUGUCUCUUCAUUUUUCUUUUUCCUGAAGAUCAUAGCCUCUUGUGUAGUAUCUACACUGAAUGUAAGCCCAUCAGAUAAGGCAGGUUUGUAUAUAGGGGGAGUGGUUGGGGGGGUUUAUAGCUAUUGAAGGCUCGGAUUCAUUGGAAAUGCCAGCAUCUAAUUCUUGUAACUAAGUUUUUAAUGCUGAGGAAUUUGGUAGGGUUUGUUUUACCAAAAUGGAGAAAAGUCAAGGUUUAUCCAUUACUGUGCAUCAGUAGCUUGAUCUUAUUUCAUAAUUGCAUUUAAGAUUAGAACCAUGGAGAGACUUCUCAGCACUAUUUUUCAGUUUAUGUGUCUAUUGAACAUAAACUGUUCAAUAUUUUCUUUGAAGAAAAAAUGAGCAAUUACAUAGGACUUGUUUAAGGAGCUCUGUUCACUUCACUGCUUGGUUGGUUUAGUAUGUGCUGCAUGAUGUGCUGGAGCACAGCUCCAGGGAAGGAUGCUGCCAUGAUUUCAAGCAGUCUCAGCUACUAAAUCUGGCCAGCAACAAUAGAGGAAACGUGUACUUAAAGGUGUACGUGUGCAGGGACCCUACUCAGCAGUGAGCAGGAAGUUCACAAACUCUGUAACUUGUUCUUGAAUUAUUAAUUACUUAAUCUUUUUUUUUUUAAACUAUCAGAAAAGGUGCUUAUUUCUAAAAGGUUUGGCUGGAGAGAGCUGCAGUACGAGGAAAUGGCCACGCAGCGGACGAGGUUUCAUGUAGAUUGGUCUGUUCAGUUCCUUUAAUUUUAUUCAAUUUUUAGUAUUUGUCUUCAGAUCUUGAGAUAAAAAGUACAAAAGACACAACCUUUCUGUCCUGAUCUGCUCCUCAGUGCUGUUCAGCGGAUACAGUCCCUAAACCCCUCCUGUGUGGUGGGGGAGAUGAGGAAUUGAUUCAGCUUUGGGCAGUGAAGUGUUUCUCCGUUAGAAAAAUGAAUGUGCUACAACUGGGUGCAGUUCAGAUUUUUUCUUUUUUCACCUUUUUAAGUGAUAGAAAAACUCUUUUUGGACCUGUUGAACAGCUCAAACAAUGUCUUAGAUGGAAAUCUUGUAACGGUUUCAAAGUGCCUUCGCAUCUAAAUAUGUAUUUUAUAAUAAACAAUUAAAAAGCAUUUUAACCUGU